GAACUCUCACCGAGGGGUUCAGUAUCGUCUUCACCAUCCUUCAACUUCCUGACUCGGCUUCCAUGUUCGAAGUUACCGUCUAUUAAUGCAAUAAUUGAGUCAAGUCCGCGUGAAAUUGCCGUUAAUCAACGCAAUAUUUUUCCAUUAUUUUUAGCGAACAGUUUUGUGUCUUGUGCUGAUACUCGUGCAAAUUUCCAAAAAUGAAAUGAACCAGUGAGUGAUUGUUUAGGAGUUCUAUGCCGCUCCCUUCUAUUGAAAGCCGGAUGAAUAGGAGGAAUGUUUCGAAACACGUCGAUAUAGGAGAUCAACAGACCUGUUCUUAUAAUGAAGAAAAUUGAAAACAGAUGCUGGUCUUGUUUGGCAUUGAUUGCAAUAUCGCUGACAGCAUGCGUCAAUGCAGAAAAGCAAAAACGUCAAAUAUUCAGGGAACAAGUUUUGCCAGCAUUGGGAGGCAAAAUUCCAGAAGAAGCAUUUAGAACCGAUCGGUUGGCGUUAAAUCGGUUAAACAAAGAAGGUAUCACCGUACCUGAUGGCGUAUUAUUAGACCAUCGACAUGUCCACAAACACAUGCAACACGUUCAAACUGUGCCUGAAUCGAUAAAGGUAUAUUUGAGACCGGACGGUCGAUACGUGCCACCAGAAGGACGAUUUCAGUACAAUCAUGCGAAGACGAUCGACACGACAUACGUUAUUCGUACGCCUCAUACGCAAUCUGAUGGCCGCGGCUACAGUCAUAAGCGUCCUAACAACAUUAACGGCAAUAAACAUCGGGACUACCCGAAAUUACAGGGUUAUACGAGUUUCAGACAAUUAGCCCCUAUAAUGGUACCCACAUCGCCUGGAAUCUACACACCGAUUGUGACGCCUUUAGUGUUACCUGGCAACACCGACUUAUUAGACGACGCUUACAUACCUAGUUGGGACAUUCAUUAUGAUUGGGAUACCGUUUACCAGCCUCUGGAUGAUUAUUUCGUCGACAAUAUUGCACUUUUUAAUUCGCAUCAGAUUAUCACCGACUAUCAAGGAUUUCUGAACAAGUUUCACGAGCGAUCCUCGAGGCACGUUCCAGCUCGUUCGACGAAGUCAAAUCAAAACACUUACCCGAGAAAUAGGAAACAUGAAUCGAGAAAUAUUGGCACUAACUCGCAAGCAACAGCCUAUCAGAAUGUUCGAUUCAAUGUUGACAGUACGGUUUCUCGGUAUACGAACCUUACUGCCAUUCCGGAAACUAGUUUCACUUGUAAUGGUAGAAGGGGUCUGAUCGCCGACGUUGAAACUUAUUGCCAAGUUUUCUACAACUGUUCCGGUUGGUCGAAAAUUGCUACCCUGUGCCCUGCAGGUACUGCGUUCAGUGAUGUGAAAAAACGUUGUGAAUGGUGGAGUACGGUACAAUGUAAACGACAAGGUCAAUAAACUAUAAUGAUCGAAUGUACGAAGAAGCUGUAAA